AUGUGUCGUAUACGCCUAAGUUGGCAUGUACAGAAGUACACCAACGAAACACUGCCGUCGCUGCGCAAUAAAAGUGAAUAUUCACUUGGCUUGGAUAUUCUUAUGGUAGCAGACUAUUCAACUUUCCAAGGAUUCAUAGACAUAUCUAAUGGUGACGUAAAUGUUGCUGAGGUGUACACUCACAACUACUUACGAGCCCUAUUCGAGCAGGUAAAGAAUAUAUACAACCAUAUGAAGAUCGCAGAGCAAACAAUUCGUCUCAAUCUGGUCGACAUUUUCAUCGCACUCAGAGAAGACGACUGCCCGAUGAUGUUCGCCUUAGAUGAACAGGCAGACGAUAACAAUUCGACUCUCGAUUUAUAUGCGGAUAUCUCUAGAUACGAUCUUCUUUCGCCACGAGGAGACUCGUCCACACAAGGCCUAGCGUACGUUGGUAACAUCUGCCAACGAGGUGACUCGUCCAGCGUUGUGGAGGACAUUGGCGCCGGGGCAACGGCGAUAGUCGCUGCUCACGAACUGGGUCAUAGCCUUGGUGCAUUUCACGAUGGCAACUCUGAAUCCGAAGAAUGCUCGUCAUCAGAGAACUUCUUAAUGGCUGCCACCGUGUCUGGUACGGAAAACUUUGAGUUGUUCGCUCACAGUCGCAUGAUGAGCCAAUGCAGUGUGCGAAGCAUCGAAAGCAAACUCAAAUCACCGCUAACUAGUUGCAUCCGCAAAAUGCAAACUCUGGACAGAAAAGUAGGGAAAGAAACUUCCGAACGUAACGAAAUUUCUCGAACUCCUGGAGAAGUGAUCAGUCUUCUGCAGCAAUGUCAAAUCACGUUUGGACCACACUACGGUAUUUGUCCGAGCAAGGAGUACUUCAGUGGUUUUGAUCUGUGCCGUAGAGUAUGGUGUAAGGACCGCACCAAACGAAGAAACGAACCAUGUGAAACAAGAACAUACUUUCCAGCUUUAGAUGAAUGCGUUGAUCUGAACGUGAAGAUGUGUCGAAUGUAUUCUAAGGCGAAGUUGCGCCACUAUUGUAACGCCAAGGAUUUUUCUGAGAUUUGUUGUCGUUCCUGUGCUCAACUGAAGGAUAUCUGA